AACUCAUCAUUAUAAAUACACAACCCCACUUUUUCUCUCUCCCCAUUCUAAUUUGAGAUAUCCAUCUACUUUUUCCCCUUUCUUCUCUUUUUCAUAUCAUUAUUAUCUUUGUAUUUUUUUUGUUUCUCCGACCAUGGCGGCUGUUGUGGCCUUGUUUGUCAUCACACUCGCUGUCUUCUCCGGCACCGUUGCUGCAGAUCCGGACAUGCUUCAGGACGUCUGUGUUGCCGAUCUCACUUCUGGUGUAAAGGUGAAUGGGUUCAGCUGUAAGGACGCGACAAACAUAACUGCAACGGAUUUCUUCUUCGACGGCCUGGCGAAACCGGGUCUGACCAACAACUCCAUGGGGUCUCUGGUAACAGGUGCUAAUGUGCAGAAGAUUCCUGGUCUCAACACCCUUGGCGUCUCUCUCUCCCGCAUCGACUACGCACCAGGUGGUCUCAACCCACCCCACACUCACCCUCGUGCUACAGAGAUGGUGUUCGUGCUUGAAGGCGAGUUGGAUGUGGGGUUCAUCACCACCUCCAACACUCUCAUUUCCAAGUCCAUUAAGAAAGGGGAGAUCUUUGUGUUCCCAAAGGGGUUGGUCCACUUCCAGAAGAACAACGGCGAAGUCCCUGCUGCCGUCAUAUCUGCUUUUAACAGCCAGUUGCCUGGAACCCAGUCUAUUGCGGUGAGCUUGUUUGCUGCCUCACCACCCGUGCCUAACAAUGUGUUGACCAAGGCUUUCCAGGUGGGUACUAAGGAGGUUGAGAAAAUCAAGUCCAGACUCGCCCCAAAGAAGUAGAAUAAACUUUGAUUGCUGCUCUACUGUGAAUUUAUGAUGACAUUUCUUUGACAUCCGCUGCUUGGAAAUUUUCUUCUCUCUUGUUUUUUUUUUUUUUUCGAUUCGUGAGUACCAGAAAUAAAAACCUUGUCAUGUUUACCGCCA